UCAAACGUCUUCUGGUGAUUGCUUCGAGUUGUAACGGAUCCUAGAGUGCGAAAAGAAUAUUAGAAACAUGUUGGAGACAAAAAAUGGAUUGCACAGCACAACCCAAGACCUAAGCAACUACAUACCAUUGUUACAGCAACAUCCACAGAGGUUGGUGAUAAGAAAGAGUGAUGGAGAGAAGAUGGAGGAGAUGGAGAGAAAGCGACUCCAUAGCUCAAACACAGAGAAGGGUAAUUUGCCGGCUCCAGAAGAGCUCAAGAGCCUUGAAGAGCUGAAGAGCUGAAGAGCACUUCUCCAGCCCUGAACAAUGUCUCGUUUGGUUGCUGGAUACUCGUCGUCGUCUGAAAAGACAUUGACUGGGGUCGUUGAGACACAGGACUACGACGACUCCACAUUCAACUACCAGAGCAGGACCUUCAGCAAUUUGGGCUUUGCCAGAGACGUGAACAAUAACACUGUGGGAAGUGUUGGUGGUUUCAGCAAUCUGAAGAGUGCUAAGCUAACCAAAAACAAGAGAAGGAAAAAAGGCAGCUUCAGCAAUGCCCUCAGUGAUUACCAAGGACCAUGGGCCAAAUACUCCUCUGAAGAAGAGAUGGGUCUGUUGUCUGCUUCGGAUGGUGGCGAUGGUGCUGAUACUGACGAUGAACAUUUGAAGAGAAAACAGCUCCGGAACGACUCCAGUGAACCAAAACUGCCAUUAUCAACAAAGUUUUAUGGGAAAACACAGUUUGAUUAUCAGGGAAGAACCUAUAUGCACAUACCGAAGGACUUAUCCAUCAAUCUACAAAAGGAUCCAGGCUCACAAGAAUGCUUUGUUCCAAAAAAACAACUCUCCAAAUACAAUGGUCACUAUAAAGGCUUGACAUGCCUAAAGUUAUUUCCCUACUCUGGCCAUUUGGUUUUAUCUGGUGGCAACGAUAAUAAAAUAUUGUUAUGGGACUUUUACCACAACAAAAACCUACUAAGAGGCUAUUUUAACCAUACAAAAUCAAUUAAAAGUUUAUCGUUCAAUGGCGACAACAAUGUUUAUUCAAUUGAUGAUAAUUUCAGCAGUGGCGAAAGAGGCACCAAAUUUCUUAGUUGUGGUUUUGAUAAAAUAGUUAAUGUUUGGGAUACUGAGUAUGGGAAAACUCUUAAAACUUUCAAAGUGGACUCAAUACCAAAUUGUGGCAGAUUUAUUCCAUCUUCAGUUUCAAGUAACGAGUUGUUGAUUGGUUUAAAUAAUAACAACAUUGAGCACUACGAUUUGAGAAUCCCAGAAAAUGAGAAAAAUCUAGUUCAAACUUAUGAUCACCAUCUAGGUCCAAUUAAUUCUAUAACAUUCCUCGACUCUAAUCAAAAAUUCCUAACAACAUCUGACGAUAAAUCAAUGAGAGUAUGGGACUUUGGAAUUAAUAUUCCAAUCAAGUUCAUCUCUGAUCCAACUCAAUAUUCAAUGCCGAGGGUAUCAAUUCACCCUCAAGGCAAGUAUUUUGCUACUCAAUCAAUGGACAACUUUGUCUAUGUUUAUCAAGCUCAUGGCAAAUAUAGACUAAAUAAAAAAAAAAUAUUUAAAGGACAUAGCUCUUCGGGUUUUGCUAUUGAUAUGGACUUUAGCCCCGACGGAAAAAUUAUUCUAAGUGGUGAUAAUGAAGGUCGAUGCUUUUUUUGGGAUUGGAAAACUUGCAAAAUUGUCAAAAGGAUUACAGUCGAUAGUUCGAAGAGAGCAAUAACUAAUGUUGCCUUUCAUCCACAAGAAAAGAGCAAAGUGAUAAUGGGUGGCCAAAGUGGUGAAAUAUACGUUUGGGAGUGAUUAUAUUUUAUAUUUUAUAUUUUAUAUUUUAUAUUUUAUAUUUUAUUUUUUGUAAAUUGUUUGUAAAAUAGUUUGUUCUUUUUAUAAAAAUUUCUUUAAUUUUUAUAUACAAGGAAAUAAAAUACAGUGAUUUGUGUUCGGUUUUCAGUUUUCAGUUUUCUUUUCUUUCCAAUUCAAUUCAACUCAAUUGGUAUCUCAAUCAGAUCUUUCUAAUGUUUAAAAAUCUUUCGCAAUUACAUUAUUUCUUGUUUUCUAUUGAAGCAGGCUCAGUAUCAUUUGGUAUACCACCUUUUUCAAAAGGAGCAUCUUUUCUUGCUUCAUUUAUCAUGGGCAUUAUUCCUUGCUUUGUCAAUGCUUUCUAUAUGAAUUUUAAUAAUAAAUAGUUAAUAACUGAAUCAUUCCAUAAUGGUUAAUUGAAAAAGAAAAAAAAAUACUUGAAAACUUCACUCACAUCCACACAAGCCUUAUAAGUU